GGUAUUCUUGACCUGAUGGAAAAAGAAAAUGAUUCUAAGGUGACAGAAUUUGUUCUUCUGGGUCUAUCAUCAUCCUUGGAGCUGCAGCUAUUUCUCUUCUUAAUAUUUCUGUUGUUUUACAUGGCCAUUGUCCUGGGAAACGUCUUGAUAGUGGUAACAGUGCGAGCUGAUACUCACCUGCUCCAAUCACCUAUGUACUAUUUUUUGGGCCACCUGUCCUUCAUUGACCUAUGCCUGAGCUGUGUUACUGUGCCCAAGAUGUUAGGAGAUUUCCUAUGGGAGGGCAAGAUCAUUUCUUUUUCAGGAUGCCUGGCCCAGAUCUACUUCCUGCACUUUCUGGGAGCCAGUGAGAUGUUUCUGCUGACAGCCAUGGCCUACGAUAGGUAUGUUGCCAUAUGUAAUCCUUUGCACUACCUGACAGUCAUGAGCCGCCAGCUCUGCUUUCGGAUGGUUUUUGCCUGUUGGUGUGGGGGUUUUGUCCACUCUGUCACACAGGUCACACUGAUCAUUCAGCUGCCCUUCUGUGGGCCCAACAGACUGGACAACUUCUACUGUGACGUCCCACAGGUUGUCAAGCUGGCCUGCACAGACACGUAUGUAGUAGAGGUGCUGAUGGUCUCCAACAGUGGUCUGUUGUCUCUUGUCUGUUUCUUAGCCUUGCUCUUCUCCUAUGCUGUCAUCCUGGUCACCCUGAGAACUCGCUUCCGCCAGGGCCAGAACAGGGCACUCUCCACCUGUGCCUCCCACUUAACCGUGGUCAGUCUGAUCUUUGGGCCGUGUGUAUUCAUCUACCUGAGGCCUUUCUGCAGCUUCUCUGUGGACAAGGUUUUCUCUGUCUUCUACACAGUGAUCACACCUAUGUUGAACCCCCUCAUUUAUACUCUCAGAAACACUGAUAUGAAGACAGCCAUGAAGAAGCUGAAAAAAACAUGUGACAUCCUGCUGCCAUGUCAAAGAAUGAACAGGGAAAGGAGAUUUAGAAAAUAUAUUCUUUCUUAA